AUGAGCCAUACGGCUAGCAGCGACGGGAGUUGUAUUCGCCAACAGGAUCAAUCAUCAGACCAAGAAAAGAGUCAUUACAAUGAUAAUGCUGCAAACACCAAUGAACAGUCCACACAACAAGAUUGUGCCCCAAUCCAAAAGGAAAUCAAUACCAACAAGGGCAAAGGUGUGAAAAAGAGCAGACGGUCAAGCAAGCUUGCUGGCGCUUAUACAGGAAGUAAGGUCCACCGUAGAGCUGUGAAACGGUUUGGCAAUCAAGUCAAGGCGGUCAUUGAAGUGCGGAUGCGACUACUGGCGGCCGUCGUGUUGCAAAGCUGGUUCCGAAUGGUUCGCUGUCGGAGGAGAUACCUUACGAUAUUCUCCUCCAUGCGAACGGUACCCAUCAACAACCACUCCGUAUCGCAACUCAUUGAACAAAAGGAUACAGAAGCCAUGUCAUGUAUAUCAUCCUUAUCCUCUUGGAGUUCCACUUGGAAUAGAAAACAACCCUCCUUGCGGUUGAUCUCCACAGAGUCUAUUCAAUACAACAGCAUGGUGGCGUCGGGCGGUGCUGGAGUGCACAUAGCAGCUGAUGACUCGAAUCCUCACCAGGGUACAUUCCACGCCACACAGGAAGACAAGGAUGCCAUCAAGAACUCUAUUACCGCGUAUACUUCCAUUGUUCAACUGCAAAACUGGUGGAGGGCACUGCGGAUGGUGAAGCAAGCCGCAGAGAAAACAAGUGUUCGAGAUUCAUGGACCAUUCAUGUGGAGGAAGGAGACGAGGAUGACGAGGACGACGAAGAGACGGACGACUUUGAUACCAUUCAACCCACACCACCAUUUCCAAAAGGACAUAAUGUCAUUGCGACCAUGGAAAUUACUACAAGAAAGGUUGGUCAGGCCAGUGUCGCCACAGAACCCACGACAGCGGAGAGUUGUAGUUCGGAGACCACUGGCCCCAAACCUGCAUCGACAGCAUGUCAGGAAGCUGAAGAGGCAAAGGACGAGUUUGACAAGAACAGCAACAAGAACAGCAACAAGACGAACACCAUGAGCAAGGCAUCCAUUCUGCUAAGACAACUGAGCCGUAAGUCCGAAGAUACUGUGCCCACCUCCAAUACAUCUCGUACCUUUUCCAAUGAAAACGACGACGACGAAGAGUUGCCAAUGUUUUGUCGCAUUCGCCCUUCGAAUGCAAGACGACGGCAACGUCCGAUCAACAAGAAGCGAGCAAGAGGAAGCAACAAUUGUGAAGGGUACGAGUUCUAUGCUGAUCUUUGGUCAAGUACUAUAGACCAAAUCUCGGAAUGUGAAAUCACACCACCGUGCAACAUUGAGCUUACGCCGUCUGCUUUAGUGGACUGCCAUCCCGAUGACAUUGUGGCUGAAUGCCAUCGUGAGGAUCUUGAUUGUGGGGGCUCCACCACAUCAGGAAGACCCGACAGCCCCUUGAGCCAUACCAGCACCGGUAGUGAGACUGAUCGCGAUACCUACGAAGUCAUUCUCACAAGUGCAACAGGAGAAGAACCAGGCUGUCAUGUUAUAUCGUCUUUGGUGUCGUGUCGUCCUUCAUCGAACCUCAAAGAUAAUAUACCGGCAGGGUGUGCCCAUUCAUCGCUCAAGGAGGAUGGGAUGGGAUGUGGUGGAGACCAAUUUAUGUUUCUUGAUGGCAUUGUCACAAACAAGAGGGAAGCCCGUAAACAAGCCAUGGCGGCGGCAGCGGCCAAAUUGUACGCCUGCAAACGACCGAAGGAAGUUGGGCAGGAUUGUCAAGACGACCCGACGUUGUACUAUGUCCCAACAACUGAAGUUGAGCCCAUGUCAGAAGCCGAGCAGAUGUCGGAGGAAGAGGAAUUUAUGACAAACCCAUCACCGUCCUUUCAUGCCUUCUCUUCUCCGUCCACCUAUACCAUGGCCUCGCAUCAAACUGCCCCCGGUGCAUUGUCGUCACCAACCACUUGUAGCGACAAUUCCAGACGCAAGAAAUCGAAGCCUGUGCAACCUUCACCCAAGAAAAUCAGCCUGGCUGAUUAUUGUUCCGUGCCCAACAACAUCUCCACACGGACCUCAUCGUCAGAAUCUGUGUCGAGUGAAUCGUCGUACUUUUCAAUUGAUGAUAAGGAUCUGAAAGACGACAGCAAUGCUUUCGGAUUCGUGAAAGUAAGUUUACACAAGAACGACGGCACUGUCACGAAGCCUCCUCCUCCUCGGAGCGGCAAGUACAUAAAGAGCCACGUGCACCGGCAUCGUCGGUCAAGGGGAGUCACGAAGUCACUGCUGAAGGACUCUGAAACAGAAGAUGACACUCAUCCCUACGAGUUUGAACCGCCGAGUACACUUUAG